UGCAAAUAUCGCAGAAAGUCAACUACAUGGGGGCGAAAGCACAAUCAUCAGAUUCAGAUUUUAAAUUCCUUUUCGGGCGUUCGGUGUGAACACUGCGUCUGUGUGAACAACCUUAAUUCGGUCAACGCCAAACCCACUACAGAAAAGAACAGCGAAAAUCCGAGAAUAAAUAGCUGACCCUGCUGAUUCUCCAUGUACCUCCGACGGGUUUAAAACCUAGAAAACAUGAGUGGAAAGCUUGGAUUUUGGAGCUGAAAGAAGAUGGCUUCUCUUCUCUGGCACUGCUCAUUCCUCUUAUCAGUUCUUGUUCUUCAUUCAUAUGGCUUGAAUUCUGAAGGAAAAUCUCUUCUUUCUCUUUCAAAAAGACUUAUAUUGCCCUCCAGCAUAAAAUCGACCUGGAAAUCUUCAGAUCCUACCCCUUGCAGCUGGUCUGGAGUCUACUGUAGCAGUCAUAACUAUGUUGUUUCUCUCAACUUCUCAUCCAUUGGGAUAUCAGGCAGCUUAGGACCAGAGAUUGGACAACUAAAUCAUCUUGAAAGAAUUGAUUUUGGUUUCAAUGCUCUCUCUGGUUCGAUCCCACCGGAGCUGGGAAAUUGCACUCGUCUCCAAUACUUCGAUCUUUCAAACAAUGCUUUCUCAGGCGAAAUACCUAAAUCCCUAGGAAACUUAAACAGGCUUUCUUAUCUCUCUCUCUACAGUAACUUCCUCCAUGGAAGCAUUCCAGAUUCCUUAUUUCAAAACACAGAGCUUGAAACAAUUUUCCUGAACCAAAACAAUCUCAGUGGUACUAUUCCACCAAGUGUCGGAAAUUUGAGAAAGAUGGUCUCUUUAUGGUUGAGUGAUAAUCUCUUGACCAGUUUCGUGCCCGAUUCAAUCGGAAACUGCACCAUGUUAGAGGAACUCUAUCUUGCCAACAACCAGCUGAGAGGAUCUCUUCCAAACAGUUUAAAUAAAAUCAAAGGUCUUAAUUAUGUUGAUGUCAGCAGUAAUGGCCUUACGGGAAGGAUUCCUCUAAUCCCAAGUAGCUGCAAGGAGCUGCUAUGGCUGGUCUUGUCAAAUAACGAGUUUGAAGGAGAAGUUCCUGAAGGUCUGGGAAACUGUAGUAGUUUGAGUAUUUUUGCAGCUGGUAAUAAUAGAUUAACAGGCCAGAUACCCUUUUCUAUUGGUUUAUUAACUGAGCUUUUAGAACUUCACUUGUUUGAGAACUCUUUGAUAGGGCCAAUUCCUCCUGAGAUUGGCAAUUGCAGUUUGUUGUCAGAUUUACAAAUUCAUGAAAACGAAUUAGAAGGGAGAAUUCCGAAAGAAGUCGGUAAACUAAGUAAUUUGCAGAAGCUCUAUCUUUUCAGCAAUAAAUUGAGUGGAGAAAUCCCUGUUGAGAUCUGGAAGCUACAAAAGCUUCAAGAAAUUCUUCUCUACUACAAUAAACUGUCUGGGGAUCUCCCGCAGGAGGUUUUGGAGCUGAAAAGUCUUAAAAAAUUAUCUCUUUAUGGAAACAAAUUUCGCGGAGCUAUACCUCAGGGUCUGGGAAGUAAUAUCAGCCUUUUGGUGAUUGAUUUCACUGACAAUUUCUUCACUGGUGCAAUACCACCUGGAAUCUGCCAUGGAAGAAAGUUGGAGGUCUUGAAUUUGGGUCUUAAUUUUUUGGAGGGCUCCAUUCCUCCAGAUAUUGGAAACUGCAUAAGCUUAACGAGACUGAUUCUUAGCCAUAAUAAUCUCACUGGUUCUCUUCCUAAUUGGGCGAUUCGAUCGAGUUUGAACUACAUGGAUUUAAGUGUGAAUAAUUUGAAUGGGAGCAUUCCUACCACCGUCGGCAACUGUGUGAAUCUUUCUUCGAUAAACUGGUCAAGAAACAAGCUCACCGGAUCUAUUCCUCACGAAAUCGGUAAUUUGCAGCAAGUCGGAGUUUUGAAUCUUUCUUACAAUAGUCUGGAUGGUCAUCUACCUCUUGAGAUCUCUCACUGUAAAAUGCUCUUUCUUUUAGACCUUGGUUUCAAUUCUUUGAAUGGUUCAAUACCGUCAAGCAUGGAGGAACUAACAGAUAUCUCUCGGUUGCUGCUGCAAGAGAAUCAGUUCAGUGGAGGGGUUCCUAAUUUCCUGUCACAGCUUAAUGAUCUUAUCGAGAUUCAUUUAGGAGGCAAUGUUUUGGGUGGACAAAUUCCAUCUUCAUUGGGUUCAUUACAGAAUCUGGAGGUCUUGAAUCUUAGCAGCAAUGGGCUUACAGGUCAGAUUUCUCCACUGGUGGCAAAUUUGAACAAAGUCCAGAGCUUGGAUCUAUCUCAAAAUAAUCUAUCAGGAAGCCUCAAACCAUUGGGAGAACUCCACUCAUUGAUUUACGUGAAUUUUGCAUAUAAUCGGUUUGUAGGUCCAGUGCCAGAAAAGUUGCGUAAGUUGUUGCAGUCUUUACCGAGCUCCUUCAUCGGAAAUAAUGAUCUUUGUGAUUCUUGCUCAUCUUGCUUAGGUAAAACCAUCUUAAAACCGUGCAACAGCGACUCGAGCUACCCGAAAAGCUCACUUAGUAAGAUUGAAUUGGCUGCCAUAGUUAUUGGCUCAUUACUCUUCUGUUUCUUGGUGAUUUUUGUAUUAGUUUGCGUACUCCCCAUGUGUAGAAAAAUAGUGGUGGAAGAAUCUCUCUCUUUACAUGAAGGUUCUUCUUUGCUUCUGAAGAAAGUGAUGGAGGCGACAGAGAACAUGGAUGAGAAAUAUGUUAUAGGGAGAGGAGCUCAUGGAACAGUUUAUAAGGCUUCAUUAAGCCCAGAAGAAGUGUAUGCUGUGAAAAAACUUGUUUUUGGAGCUCAGAAGGGUUCUAGUGCAAGCAUGGUGAGAGAAAUUCAAACACUAGGGAAAAUCAAGCACAGGAAUUUAAUGAGAUUGGUGAAUUUCUGGUUGAGAACUGAUUAUGGACUAAUAUUGUAUAAAUAUAUGGAAAAUGGAAGUCUUCAUGAUGUGUUGCAUGAGAUGAAGCCGCCCUCAGUUCUUGAUUGGGAAUUACGUUACAGAAUCGCCUUGGGGAUUGCUCAAGGUUUAUCUUACCUCCAUUGGGACUGUAAUCCGGCCAUCAUCCACUGCGACAUAAAGCCAAAAAAUGUACUUUUGGACUCCGAAAUGGAGCCCCACAUCACAGAUUUUGGAAUUGCUAAAUUCUUGGAUCAAUUUUCAGCCACCCCAACCAGUACUGGGAUAAUGGGCACCAUUGGUUAUAUGUCCCCAGAGACUGCAUUCACUUCCAGGAGAAACAAGGAAUCUGAUGUUUAUAGUUAUGGCGUCGUCUUGAUCGAACUGAUAACGAGAAAGAUGGCGGUAGGCUCGUCUUUUUCAGAGAGCUCAAACUUGGUUAGUUGGGUGAGAUCAAGCUUCAGUGGAAUAGAUGAUAUGAGUGUGAUCAUUGAUCCAGAUUUAAUGGAUGAAGUUUCGGAAUCCAGAGCAGGAAAAGAAAUUUGUGAAGUAGUCAUGUUAGGCUUAGAGUGCACAUUGAAAGAGACUAGCAAGAGACCUUCAAUGAGAGAUGUGGUGAAACGGUUAACUGACAUCAAGUCCAGUGAGAUUUGUUUGAAGAAACAAAAAAUGAAUGUGGCUGGCUCUACUGAGGAUUGAAAUAGUGGAGUAUAGAGAUUAGUAGGGUGUAGGAUGCAUCUACAUGAAUUAAUUUUUUGUAUUUGAUUCGCGGAUUGCUUGUAAUAUUUUCCACACCCUCUAGUGAUAUGUAUAAAAGUAGUUCACAUUAAGGCACCUUGAAGACAAGAUUGAGAGUCUGUCUAAUGAUCAAUUGAGGUAUGUUGAGAAAUUAGGGCAAAGAAGUGCAGGAAUCAACAGAACGAUCAAGAACAAAUAUAAGGAUUUAACGAAGUUUGGCAAUGUGCCUACGUCCUUAGGAGCAAUGAGUAGCGGCCGCUUUUUGAUUUCUUGAAUACAAUACAUGCCCUCAGGGUUAC